AUGAACAAUAACAUUGCUUCGCCGUUUAACCUUCAAGUUCCGAUAUCAUCUGCUUCGCCUAGCGGAUCUAACAAUACCACAACUGGAAGGCCGCCACUAUGGACGCCUUCAUCGCGACGAAAAGUCUCACGGCUUUAUCUUUAUACUACGCUUCCUCUUGAGAAGAUUAUGGCGGUCGUUCAUGCUAAAUCUCCCGAUACUCCUGCGCCUGGUAAAGAUUCGGCCCACAAGACACUCAAUGCGAUGCUCAACAAACAGCCACGAUGGCUUCACCCCAAGACCGAAGACGAUAUGGUUCGCCGAUUAGAAGAGCUGGCUCUUUCUCCGACACGCACCAGCUCAACCCAUAAUUCCGUCGCAUCUCCAACACAAGCCUCUGGGCCUAUUCCAGCUCUCAACGCCAUCCCAACACCACAUCUCGUUAGAGAUCCCGGUACUAGAGUGUCGCUCGAGGUUCCACCUUUUAACCAAUAUCCGCAGCAGCAAUCUGUCCCAAAUAAUGGAACGGCCGCUCAAAGACAGAUGCAACAGAAUCAGGAGGACAACAGUACUUUUCGAAACUUCUUACAGCGGCCUACAUUCAUGACUACAUCGACGGACUGCACUACUGGAAGUUUACGACAAAUACUCAACGACUAUUCACAUCCGUAUGUCAAGACAGUAAAGCGCCUUAUAAAACGGUAUACAGCGCCUCUCAACCGCCGAGGAACGAGUCUGUCUCCCAUUUCAGAUGAAGAGCCAAGUGUGGCAUCAUGGCUCAACGAUCGUGACGCACCAGUUCACUUGCCCAUGGGACCUUACUACCUUCCCGGAAACUUCCUCUGCAUCGAAGAACUUGCCCGAUAUACAUGUUUUCCGCAAGAUGAGAUCCAUCAGAAACUGGCUUGUUUCUGCCGCCCUAUUCACGAGAUCGAAGAGCCAGCUUGGAUCACAGCACAUGGCCCUACACAAACUGGCACCAAUGCACUAUCAGCCGCUGUCCAUGGUAGUUCAUUCGAAGAACGCGAUCAAUUUGGACAUACCGCACUUCAUCUCAUGGCUGCGCGAUUCUUGUCGGGUUAUCUUUUUCAAGCCAUCAUCUCGGAUAAGGCCAACCAUGUCCUGAAUGUGCAGAAUACAGCGGGCCAGACACUCCUUCACGUAUUGCACACUACCUGGUUUCAAUCUCAGAACCAGGAGUUGCUGAAGCAGUUGCUGGAUGCACUCGCUCACAAAGGAUUCGACUUUAGUGCGCGCGACUGCUAUGGACGAUCAUUCUCGCAUAUUCUCUUAUUGCGGGACACACCACCUGAGCUACGAAAUUAUGCACUGGGACUGUGCAGUGCGACUAGCUAUCAGAAGAGAGACGCCUUCAACGUAACACCUACUUACUCAGCCAUCCCCGAGUCUGUAUUGGGUAUGAGCAGAGCAAGCACACAGGCUAUGGACGUCGACCCGCCGGUACCAAUGUCUCGACAAGCUAGCAUUGCUGAUCCUUGGCACUUUGACGAUAUCCACCAGGAGACACAACUCCUCAAGUACGUCAACGAUGCGGAACUCAAUCCCCGACUUGAAGACAACCAAGGUCGCAACGGGCUUCAUUGUCUCGCAGCCGCCACACUCAGUGAAACCAGUAUCACGCAAAAGUACUACCUCGAUGAGAACGGCGCGCCGAUCGACCGAAGACGCAGAAGGGACAAGACUGUUAAGAACUCGGACUCGUGCACCGAUAGAUUACAAUUCCGUCUUGUUCUCCUCCAGAACCUCCUAGAUGCAGGCGUCGAUCCAAACCACUAUGACAUCCACGGCAACACACCCCUAAUGGCAUUUGUCGCCCAACUCCCCGAAGACGAUGAUUACAAAAUCGGCCCCGAUAUUAUUCGAGAACUCAUCGAUUCCGGCGCUCAAGUCAACGCUCGAAAUCGAUCAGGCGAAACAGCACUACACGUAGCUGUUCGUUGCGGCCACAAACUCGCUGUUAAACAACUUGUUGAGAGCGGCGCAUGUGUGCACGUUCGCGAUGCAGCGGGUAGAAGUGUGCUAGAGGUCGCGGAUGUCAAGAUGAAGGGGUUGAGAGGUCACGAUGAUGCGGAGUAUGCGCACCUUGAGGCUUGUAGGGCGUGGUUGAGUGGGAUUUCGGGAGGUGCGGUGCAGGAACCGACGGUGUUGCAGGAGUGGGACGUUUCCUUAGGUGAUGAGAGUUGA